AUGACAAACCUGAUUCAGAAAAGUGCUUUCAUCCUUUUCCAGAGACUUAUUCGUCUACCAAGUAACCCUCAUUGGAGGAAUUAUGAUUAUAAUAAACAACGAAAUCUGAAGACACAAAAUGGCUUUCUGCUGUGUGUCUCUCGCCUAGAACAAUACAAUCAUAUAAGAACACUAAAACCGUACUGCUGUUUAUUGCUAUAUCCUUUGGAUUAUAGCUUCUUUGAUGUGCGGUUGGACCUGGAAAUGAAAGUAGAUAAGAAGGAAAUGAGUCCAGAACAACUAAGAACUAUAGCUUUCGAAACAAUUAAGCAACGUUUUCCGGUUGAGGAAUGGAUACAUGUAUAUACGGAUGGCUGUUUGACCGAUAGGAUUCAGGUGGCUGGUGCUGGAGUUUUUAGCAAGCUUUUCAGUUUCUACAUACCUGUAGGGGGUUACUCCACUCACUUUGAUGGAGAACUGAAAGCCAUUCAUGUAGCUCUCCAACAAUUAUCAUUGAGACAGAGCUCGUUCGGGAGGGUUGUUGUAUUGCCUGAUUCGACUUCAGCAUUACAGGCCAUCUCCUCUUACCAAGAGUGUAAGAACAUUUGUGUUAAACAGUGUCAGGAAGUUAUAAAAGAACUUUCCCUCAAGAUAUCUUUUCAAUGGGUACCUUCCCACUGCGGUAUUUAUGGGAAUGUGAUGGCUGAUAUGCUUGCGAAAAAGGGGGGUACUGUUCUCCAAAAGCCAAAAACGAGUGCAAGCCUCCCUUCUAUUAAGCUUCUGACAUCGCCAACAUGUCAAAAGACUUUUAGAGAUUUUGCCACUCGGGCUUUGUGA